AUGCUGGACUCCUCUGCCCUGCCUCAACGACCCCCUCCUUCCCCCUCCCCCAGGAGACCACCUCCUCCCCCUUCUGCUGGCCCCCCAGCUCCCCCUCUCUCCUCUGGCAAUAUCGGGGUCCCCCAUGCCCCCCAGCCAAGCACCCCCAAAGCCCAGGCCCCGGUCGGUGAUGCUCACAGUGACCUGCUGCAAGCUAUCCGGCAAGGGUUUAACCUGCGCAAGGUGGAGGAGCAGCGUGAGCAAGAGAAGCGUGACCACGUGGGCAACGACGUGGCUGCCAUCCUGUCCCGCCGCAUCGCUGUCGAGUGCAGCGACUCCGAGGAUGACUCCUCCGAGUUCGGGGAUGAAGACUGGUCUGACUAGCUCCCACCUCACUCAGCAGACCCCCCGCCAGCUCGCAUUGAUUAUCUGUCUGUCUGUUUUUUACCGUCUGUAAUAACAGGACAAAUCUGAGUCCUUGGAUCAUGCCAGAACCCUUACCUACUUGAGAAACCCUUAAUCACACAGUGUGAUUGUUAUCACUGUGUCAAUGCAGUGGAGGCUGCACAGUAAUACUAUCCUAGACCUUAAUACAUCCAGCAAUCCUGUAAUGAUUUAUAAUGGAGUCUGUUGCAGCCCUCUAACCCUAGAUUUGUUGGGAUGCCUGUUAUUUCUUGCAAGAGAAAAAGAGAUAGUUGAUCAAAGAGCCCUGUAAGAGAGAAAGAGAUCUGUGUUUUUACCAAAGUCAGCACCAAAGUGAAUAUACUUCACUGCAGCCAAGCAGGAUUAGUGAGGCUCUGUCAUCUGGAAUCUCCCAUCGCAGAAAGCAAUUCGUAAACAGAUUAAUAAUUGAUCUGUGAGUCUGAGGCCUCCCUGGAAUGGCAUCUCCGGUACACGGAGCCUGUUUCCCUCCCUGCUGUAAUCUGCAUGCAAAAACCAUCCGCUUCUCCUGCGCCACUUUCCUGUCCUCUAAAUAUUCAGUAGGUGGACCAUUCGUGUGGUCUGCCAGUGCGUAACACAGCAGAGUCAUCCUUCAGUACUAAUCCUGCCAGUAUAAACUGUACAGAGUGCCAAACACACCAAACUACAGAACCACAAGGUCAGGGGUGUCUGCCAAAGUGUUAAUACCUGAGACUAGAAGAAAAAAGGGUCUGCUCAGUAAAGGAUCAUCUGUGGUUCCUUAGGAAGAACGUGCAGACAUGUUUACUAAGGUGAUCCCAGUGUUGGCUGCAGUCCAGCAUGGUGUUGCCCAGACUGCAGCAAUCAGUGGUUUGGCUGAAGGGUGGGCUUUGUGGAAUGAGCCCCAAUCCAAAGCUUCCUUAUAUACAUCAUGCUUAUCCUGUCGCUUUCUAAUUAUAAUUGAGAUUUUUCUUUGUGACAUGUCAGGUGUUUUAUACAUAAUGUCUUAUUACUGCUGUCCUACUGCAGAAGGAUGGUUCUAUACAAUGUAAUAGGAACAGUCUUUUUUAAAAGGGAUUGGGUUUAUUUAUGCGAUUGUGCAGGUAGCACUUGUGUUUAGUGAAAUUGUGCCUUAAUUCUGGAGCGAGCUGUUCAGUGCCUUGGGAAGUAGGGUGUGCCUGAGACGAGAGCAGAGAGGCGGAAGGAGGUCCAAAUUCUGGGUCCAUUUCCACCCACUUCACGUUCAUGGCGUAAUAAGAGCGAAAUAUAUUUGCAGAUUGAACUAACGUGAUUGGUGGAGUAUAGAGCGAAUCAGAAUUGGCAUUAACUUGGUGUUUAAAUUAGACCUCAACCCUGGUGAAAUAUACUGCCCCCCGCUGGCAGACAGAGGUAGGGCUGGUGCUGUUCAGGCUUGCCUUCAGACACCAGAACAGUCCAGUUCCACAAAGACAAGAAGCGUAACAAAUCUGAUUAUUAGCUGCGAUCUUUGAAACUGUUACAGUUUGAGUCGGAACCAAAUCAUUUAAAAAAUAUUUUUGCAUUUUUCAUGAUGUGUAAAGGCUUCAAUUCCCAGAUUUGCCAUUCCCAUAAGUCAGUGGUUCCCAACUUCUUCCAAAGUGGUGAACUCCUUAUGUUUUUUUUUUUUAUUUGGGGAUUUUUGCCUGCAUGGGAGCAACAUGCAAACCUGUAAUUGUACUAGAACCUGUACUAGAACUGGUACUAUAGAGAUCACGAGUACUUUGUUCUUAACAAAACUCUAAGACUGCAACAGACUGAGAGAUGCACUUCUAGACACAAAGCUUGCUCUUUCCUUAUUCCCUGAUUUCACUGGAAUCCUGUUAAUGCAUAUCCUGCCGUGAUGCAGAGGAGGUGCAGGGAAAGGAGCUGACAGCAGCUGUGCAAGCAAACGCUGUCAAGUAAUCCACAAAGCCAUUCAAACUUCAUUUUUAUUCCUCUGCAUACUGCAGUUAUUGUAACCAGCCAUUACAACAUUGCAUCUAUUAGCAGAGCUAACUCAAUGGUUAGAGAAUUAAAAGCACAACAAUAAUAUCCACGCAAGGCCGUUCUCGUGUAUAAAACUUUAACGGGAAGUUCGUCCAGCCCCAAGCCUGCUGCAAAAUGCCCUCUGCAACUCGAACUCCAGCCCUCCCACUUUCCCACUUCGCAGUGUGACCAAAUCCAAUGUUUUGCCAAAAAUGAUGUUCUUUGUAACCAAGAAAUCUCUGUACAAUUCUUUUGUACUGUAGCUUUGUGUGUGUCCCUGUUCAAAGGGUGUUAUGGUGAGCUUGCUGGGGAGCCGCUGUAUCUCUAAUAUGCAGUUGCUCUCUUUGGGCGCCUCUGUCCAGUACUUCUGUCUGUUUCUAACUGGAAACAGAACGGUUUGUUAUGGAAAGGGGUUCAGCAAUCCUUCUAAAUGAACCAGUUCCUCCAGCACAGCCUAUAGAAACCAUAACACCCUUUCUUUUUCUUGUCAAUUAAUACUGUAUUAAAGUGCCUUUUUAAAUUGAAA